AAGCUCGCGAAAUGAGGAAGAUCCUAAAUUUGUGUUUUAUUUCAACCCUAUCCAAUACCUCCAAAAACCCCUAAAUCUCGAUUUUAUGUUCUUUCUAAUAAAUUAAAGAUGGCGAAACCCUAAAUUUAUUUAUUCUAAUCCCUGACAGAUUUACUGGAGAAGCGGUGCAAGUAUUAAGGGACGACCCGAGAAGGAAAGCGGCGCGAGUAUUAAGGGACGGAGGGAGUAGUAAUUACAUUACCUUCAUACGGCUUAAGAGUGUAUGAAGGUGACAAUGUCGAGCCCAAACGAUCAAUGGCCUGUUGAUUAUAUCAGUAGUUUACCUAAUGCGAUUAUUAGCUAUAUUCUAUCUUAUCUCCCUACCAAGACUGCUGUUUCGACAAGCAUAUUAUCGAAAAGAUGGCAGUAUGUUUGGCCAGAUGUCCCUGCACUCGAUUUUUCCGAGAUGCCUGAUUAUCUGUCACAUGAAGAUCUGAGUGAUGAACAACUAAUUCAUUACAGAAAUUUUGUGGAUAAUGUUCUGUCGCGAAAUGAUGUACCUGAUGUAAGAUGCUUUACCCUUAAUUCCUAUUCUACACAAGAUUAUGAAAGUGCUAAGUCAUGGGUGAGUGCUGCACAAGGGCGGGAAACUAGUGAGCUUAGCAUCAAGAUUAAUUGCAGUGAUACUUUUUACUGUCCUAGAGAGUUUGUUUCUCGUCAGAGACUCGUGAUUUUAAAACUAGGAGGGUUUACGAUUGGUGAUAUGGGAGACUCGUUUCAUCUGCCAAAUCUUAAAGUCCUCCACUUAGUUUCCCUUCGACUUAACGGUGAUCUAUUUCUAAAGAAGUUGAUAUUAGGCUGUACUGCUCUUAAGGAGCUGCUCAUUGAAGGUUGUUAUGGUUUUGAGGAGACACUCUAUGUAGAGUCUCCGAUCUUAGAAUCAUUAGUAAUAAAAGAAUCCGCUGUUAAAAGUGAUGAUGCAUUACCAUUUAUUACUAUCAAAGCACCAAAUCUUCGGUUCCUUGGUCUCCAAGAUGCAGUGGCAAAUUAUAACAUUGAUGAACUAAAGUUGCUCACUGAGGCAAAUCUUGAUCUCUGGGACAGUGAAAGGUAUGACGCUGUUGAUGAACACGCACUUGAGCUUAUUAGAAAGCUCUCUGGGGUGACAAGUCUACGGUUUGGAAGACCUGAUGUUAUUUAUUGUUUUGAAAAUGAUAUGCCACCCUUUGAAAAUUUGAGCCGUUUGCAGCUUACCGCUGAUCUAGUUACCUAUGAGAUUUUAGAAUGUGCUCCCAAUCUGAAAUCUUUGAUCUUUGAGGAUAUAGAUUUGCUGGGUCAGGAUUUUUAUACUAAAGUUGCGCCUGGUUGUAUGUCGUGCCUUGAAAGUUUCGAAGUUUUCUUGCGUAAAAAACAUCAUAUCAAAGUGGUGGAGCAUAUACUGAAGGUUGCUACAGCCUUGAAGGAGUUGAAAGUGAACUUGUAUCCUAUGAUUAUACAGCACGAGAGAGCUGUUUAUCAACGUUUAUUGGAUUUUCCAAGAUCCUCGCCAAUCUGCCAAGUUAAAGUUGUUCAUCUGUACUGAUAGGAACUGUUGAUCAAAAGGUUAAUUACAAGAAGCUUAUUUGUUCUGUUC